AUGCCCGUACGAUGGCAUUAUGUUGUUCUUUUCUUCUGUUUUUCUGCACCUGGGGUUUUAAGUGGCAAAUGUAUUCGAUCUAUCUAUCUAUCUGACUUUCAUUCUAUCUUUCUAUCUAUCCAUAUGGCGUUCUACCUAUCUACCUGUCUAUCUGACUUCAUUCUUUCUUUAUUUCUAUAUUUCUUUCUAUCUAUAUGGCUUUCUAUCUAUCUAUCUAUCUAUCUAUCUAUCUAUCUAUCUAUCUAUCUAUCUGACUUUCAUUCUUUCUAUGUAUAUGGUUUUCUAUCUAUCUAUCUAUCUAUCUAUCUAUCUAUCUAUCUAUCUAUCUCUAUCUAUCUAUCUGACUUUCAUUCUUUCUAUGUAUAUGGUUUUCUAUCUAUCUAUCUAUCUAUCUAUCUAUCUAUAUAUCUAUCUAUCUAUCUAUCUGCCUGUCUGUCUGUCAGAUUAAGUAUCUCAGUCUAUUCAUAUCUAUCAAUCUAUCUGUAUUACUAUCUAUCUAUCUAUCUAUCUAUCUAUGAAGGAAUAAAGACAAUAGGAAAACUUUUUCUUAUUGUGUUUUUUCCCUUUAUAUUAUCUAUCUAUCUAUCUAUCUAUCUAUCUAUCUAUCUAUCUAUCUAUCUAUCUAAGCCUGUUCAUUAUCUAUCUAUCUAUCUAUCUAUCUAUCUAUCUAUCUAUCUAUCUAUCUAUGUCAGUCUAUUCAUAUCUCUCAAUCUGUCUCUGUAUUUGAUUAUCUAUCUAUGUAGGUUGAUAGCAAGAUUAGCCUGUUCAUAUCUAUUUAUCUCAAUGCCUCCGUCUGUUACUUCUAAUUUCCAUCCAUCUAUCUAUCUAUCUAUCUAUCUAUCUAUCUAUCCUUUCCUCUCGUUGCUUGUAUAUUUUUGUCUCUAA